AAUAGCCUACAUCUGCGGCGUACGAAACGAGACGGGACAAAGCGAUUAUCUUGGCCAAUCAGACCGUCAAUUAACGGGUCCCACUUAAUCAACAGCUGUAAAUCUCUGACGACAUGGGGCCCACCAAGGUUUGGAUUUGAAGGAAGCCCGCACUGAAAUCGUUGGAUUCGUGGCGGAAUCUCAUUGGUCCGUUUUAAAAAUUCUUGAUGAGCAGCGCUGUCACUUGAGUUUGGAGCCUUUCGUCUCGGAUUCCAUCUCCGUUUCGGAAAGACGACUAUAUUUGAUCUGCGGCUCGCUUCUUCCAUGGCCGCUGAAGCUCUCUCUCUCUCUCUCUCUCUCGAUUUGGCUUUUUUUGAAUGGCGUCUUAUUCUUCUUCUACUUCUUCUUCCUCCAUUGAUGAGACCUUGCGAACCGAUCGGAUCGAGGAGGAUGAUGAUCGUGAAGUCGGAGUUUCGUCAUAUUCCUCGUGCGGAUGUUUCUUCGGAUUCGGAUCGAGACAGGCUCGGAGCAGCGACGGCGUCCGGUGCCGAUAUCUACCGCUGCAACCGCACGAGGAUCAAGUGAAACAGAGUUGGAUGAUGAAGAAGGUGAAGAGAUUCAAGGAGAUUAUAAAAGCCGUGGCAGGGCGGAAGUGGAGAAGCUUCAUUAGUGGAAUAAUUAGCAAGAAACGGAGUGUGAGAUUUCAGUACGAUCCGAGGAGUUACGCUUUGAAUUUUGACGAAGGGAGCGGAGAAGACGGAGGCGGAAGUGGACGCCAUGGUUUUAGAGCACCGUCUGCAACUCCGAUCGGAUUGGGAAUCGGAAUGAACAGAAGCCAAGUAUGAUGUGAAUCGUGAUGUCAGUCUCAGAUAGGGUUCGAUCUGUUCUUGGCCAAUGUCAUAUUUUAUCAUUUAUGUACAUUGCUUUUCUUUUCUUUUUUUCUUCUUAUUUUUACUGUUUAAAAAUAAUUAAAUGCACGCUUAUGGUUAUUCUUUGAGAAA